GGUGGUUGUCGGCGGCAUCUGUAUACGUGUUCCACUGACUGACUGAGUGGCGGCCGCGGGGUUGUUUGACAUCUGCUGAGGAGUUGUUCGCUGUCCUUGGAAGGCCGUACGCCACAAUUUAGCGUCAACGAUGCAGCAGAACGAGCUGCUGAGCAAGGCGGAGGAUGUGGCUGAUACGGUGUACCGCAAGAGCAAACACGUACUACCCCACCUGGCUCGCUUCUGCCUCGUAUCAACAUUCCUCGAGGAUGGACUCCGUAUGUGGUAUCAGUGGGGCGACCAACGUGACUACAUGAACCAUACCUGGAAUUGUGGCUACAUCCUGGCAUCGCUCUUCGUUCUCAUCAACCUGUUGGGACAGCUGAUCGGAUCUCUGAUGAUACUGGCGCGCUAUCAGGUGAAACCGGCGUGUGCACUCCUGGGCUUCAUUGUGGUCCUCCAGACAUUUGCUUACUCUAUUUUGUGGGACGGAGCCUUCCUGUUACGCUCGUUAUCCUUAGCCGGAUCGCUCCUGCUACUUUUCGCCGAAGGACACAGCGAAGCGAAGAGUUUAUUCGCAGGCGUUCCGACGCUCGGAGAUAAUAAGCCCAAGUCCUAUAUGCAACUCACCGGCCGAAUCUUGGUCGUGUUCAUGUUCAUCACAAUGCUCCGCAUGGAGUUCAGCUUCUUCCAAGCAUUGCAGAACAUCGUCGCCUCAGUCAUGAUGGUUCUUGUGACAGUUGGUUUCAAAACCAAACUCAGUGCUCUUGUGCUCGUGGUCUGGUUAUUUAUCAUCAACAUGUACUUCAACGCAUUCUGGAUGAUUCCGUCCAAUAAGCCGAUGCGAGACUUCCUCAAGUACGACUUUUUCCAAACGAUGUCCGUAAUCGGUGGACUCCUGAUGAUUGUAUCUCUUGGACCCGGUGGUGUGAGCAUGGAUGAGCACAAGAAACGAUGGUGAAAAGAGCCUCGAUCGUGGUUUGCUAGGUUCUAAUGAAUUACGCGGUGUGAAGUGGAAUGUGAAGCUCAAAACGAGACCAGGGAAACGAUCCGCCAUCGGGGAAAUCGGGGACUGAAGCAGGACAGUCCGGCAACCCAAGCCUCCUCGGGGAGAAUCUACUCAACAAAAAUCAGUGGCGGAGUAAGCGUAACCUGUCGUUUUAAUUCAUGGAAUCCUGUGUGAGAAAGUUGAGUUGGAAAUGACUACCUGCGAUGGCUGCCUUUGUACUUUGAAUGAGAAUGAAGAUAUAUUUGUAAAUAAAAUCCAUGGUGUUCCGU